GGGCAUUUGUGUAUGAUAUGUAACGGGUAUUUAAAUAACAGUGUUAGCGCGCUUUAGAAAGUUUGUAAGCGAUUUGAAAUACGACCGUGGGUCUUCAGUUCACUGUAAACGAUAUGUUUUCUAAUACAUUCGAACAUUAAAAGUAUUAAAGUUGAUAGACUUUAGUUUAUUCUUAACGUGGUGUGACACCUGUCAGCUAGCCACAUGCUAACAGUUUAAUUUUACAUGUGUUACUUAAUUCAGCUACCACUGACUAGCAGUGCCAUGCUUACCUACUGCAUCAGAAGGCAACUUUCCGUGCUAAACCGGCUAAAUGUAAAGGUCUCAGUGUUUCAUGAGCUGCUACAGUUAUCUAAAUACUAUGGGAGUAGUAAUAGUGAUGGUGUUUUGUGUCCAGCUCAUGACAUGCUGCAGCUCUUAAAGAAGAGGUUCUUCAUCCCGCCCAAUUACCCUAAUACUGAUACAUUAAUGAGGAGUGACUCCUGUCCAUACGGACCAUUAGGAGUGGACCUCAAUAGGAACAUCCUGGAACAAUGGUGGACUUCAGUGGUCAGAUCCAGACCUCAGGUGUUUGGGAUAAGCACGCUUUAUAUGGUAGAUAAGGAAGCUGGAAAACUGGAGAUGGAGGCUAUGAAUGUUCUGAGUCAGACCGAUUUAAACAAGGAGCAGCUGCCUGAAAGACAGAGUCAAGUACUUCAACACAAACAGAGUUUUCGUUCCAGUCUCCUCCAAGGUGCAUUGGAGCAAUAUGUCCCAUCUCUAGAGCUAAUGAACAGAAAACUACCAUUAGGUUUGGCUGAAACGGGUCUGUGUUACAGGCCUGAAAGUAUGGACUCUCAUGCAAUCGGUUGCUCAUCAGAGGUAACUGAAGCAUCUCUUGUGUGGUUCUGCUCUCCCCGUACUUCCUCUCAGUGGCUCGACUACUGGACUCGUCAAAGACUGCAGUGGUGGAGAAAGUUUGUUUUAGGACCAUCAGACUUCAGUGUGCGUGACAUGUCAGAUGAGGAGCUGACUGGCGGUGCAUCCCGUGGAGUAGCAAUCCAGUUUCAAUUUCCGUGGGGCACAGAGACCCUGGAAACACUGUGGAGUCUCGGAGACACAGAACUUCUCAGGAUUCACCAGGGCACUCGGGCCAAUCUACAGUGUAAAGAUGGAAAGAAGACAGUUGUGCCUCAUGUCCUCUCUCUCAGUGCAAAUAUGGACCGAGGUAUGCUAGCUGUCUUUUAUAACUCAUUACAAAAAGUCCAGAGAGUGGACAGUAAGCAGAGACUCCAUCAGAGAACGGUACUAAAACUGCAUCCUACUUUAGCUCCUGUUAAAGUAGCGGUGGAUAUGGGCAGAGGAUCAACCACUGAACUCAGACAGGUGUGUGAGGGCCUGCUUGAUGAAUUCCUGGAAGUAGGAAUCAGUGCAUGGCCAGGGUACAUGGACACCACACAGUUAUCCAUGGAGACUCUGCACAACAAGUAUGAUGAGAUGGGUGUGCUGUUUACAGUUAUGGUUGGGGAGAACACUCUGGAAAACGGACUCCUGCUGGUGCGGAAUCGUGACACCACCAUUAGAGAAACCAUGCACAUCUCUGAGAUCAAACAAUUCCUUCUGAAGUACAUAUCUGCUGCUGGAAAUGUCUGAUACAUUAUUUACCAUUGGCAUCCUUUAGAGCAAGACUGCAGAUUCAUUCACUCAUUCAUCUGUUCAUUUAGUUUGUAUUACCACCACCUAUCCUGGUUAGGGUUGUGGUGGGUGUAAUUCAUUGGGCUAAAGGUAGGAAACACCCCAGACAGGUUGCCAGUCCACAGGAUAGACAUGCACGCACUGUCUCCAGUAAACCUGAUGGCAUGUCCUUGAACUUGUGGGAGAAAACUGGAGCACCUGGAGAAAACACAUGCAGGCAUGAGGAGAACAUACAAACUUUACACAGAAAGGACCCUGGCCCUCAUGGAUGGGGAAUCAAACCUAGGCCUUUCUUGCUGUGAGGUGACUUUUUUAGCCAACUAUAUGGCUAAUAGAAUGUGGACAUCUGACCGUGAACUUGUUGUCAUAACUAUUGGAGCAAUAACAGCCUCAACUCAUUGUUUUGUGUUUACCCACAUGACUAACAGUGUUAAAUCCUUGUUGAGUUAGAACAAGGAAUUUAACUUUAUAGCAUAGCCCCUUUAUCUCCUCAUUAGUGAUUAUGAAUGACUAUAGCUGAUGACACCAUGGCAUUAGAGGCUGCUGCAUAAUAAGUCACCAGCUGUAGUCAAUCAUGCUCAUUACAGGAAGGCCAUGCCACAAUGUGACGUUAUAGGACUUUCUACAUCAUUAAUUUUGGCUGUAUAAAAGUGUUCGCUAUAUCGGUUUUAAUGUGCUAAUAAAAAGUUAUUUUGAAAAA